AUGUCGGACAGGACCCAGGCGCAGGGCGCUGAGCACGGUGGCACCCCCAGAGCCGAGGGCCAGGCCAGCGCUGGGGCAACCCUGGACCGUGGCCCCGAGCCGGAGGGGUCAGACGAAGCCGGGGCACGCUACUUGUGCGCGGUGUGCAACCGGGCCUUCUCGCAGAGCUCCACGCUGAUCGUGCACCGGCGCUCGCACUCGGGGGAGCGCCCCUACGCCUGCGAGGACUGCGGCCGCGCCUUCGCCCAGAGCUCGGGGCUCUACAAGCACCGGCGCAGCGUGCACGCCGGCGAGCGCCCACACCCCUGCCCCGACUGCGGCCGCCGCUUCGGCAAGCGCUCCAACCUGGCCGUGCACCGGCGCAGCGUGCACACGGGCGAGCGCCCCUUCCGCUGCCUCGCCUGCCCCAAGGCCUUCGCCCGUCGCGCCGACCUGGCCGUGCACGGCCGCACGCACACGGGCGAGCGGCCCUACCGCUGCCCCGACUGCCCCAAGACCUUCAGCACCAGCUCCAACCUGGCCCAGCACCGCCGCACGCACCAGGCCGAGCGGCCCUACCGCUGCGCCCAGUGUGGCAAGGGCUUUCCCGGCAGCUCGGAGCUGCUGCGGCACGGGCACAGCCACACCGGGGAGCGCCCCUACCGCUGCGCCGUGUGCGGGGACGCCUUCACCCACAGCACCGUGCACCGGCGCCACCAGCGCGCCCACCUGGAGGAGUCGCCCUACCGCUGCGGGGACUGCGGCCGCGGCUUCGCCCAGCGCUCCGACCUGGUGGUGCACGGCCGCACCCACACCGGCGAGCGGCCCUACCGCUGCCCCGACUGCCCCAAGGCCUUCGCCCAGAGCUCCCACCUGGCCACCCACCGGCGCAGCCACACGGGCGAGCGCCCCUACCGCUGCCCCGACUGCCCCAAGGCCUUCGCCCAGAGCUCGACGCUCACCGUGCACCGCCGCACGCACACCGGCGAGCAGCCCUACGUCUGCGCCCAGUGCGGCAAGUGCUUCCACCGCAGCUCCAACCUCAUCCGCCACCAGCGCACCCACACAGCCGAGCGCCCCUUCCGGUGCCCGCAGUGUGGCCGCGGCUUCCAUCGUCGCUCCAACAUGGUGGUGCACCAGCGUGUCCAUGCUGGCGGCCAGGGGCUCCAGGCUGGCGAGGACCCGGCCCGCUGGGUGCAGACCCUGUAG